CCAUCUUCCCAGGAAAAUACAUAAUGUUUCGUACAGCAAUAACAUCGUUGUAACACAGUACAGCGUCCCCGUAUGUACUAAAGAAGUUGCUCGUAUUGUGCAAUGCGAAUGUGGUUCCCUGUCGAAUACGUUCCAUGCCUGUGUUGGAUAGUUAUUUAAGUGCUACUUUAGGCAAAGAUGCCAGGUCUUGUGGUAUUUGGAAGGCGCUGGGUUAUAGCGAGUGAUGAUUUUGUCUUUCCCGGAGCUUUUGAACUUUUCAUCAGGUUUAUAUGGUGGAUUUUGAUGUUGGUUUUGUUUUUCCUUUACAAGGGAGAAUUUAACUGCUCUGGAGGGCAGUUGUUAUAUGCCUAUGUCAUUGGGUUGAUUGUGCUAUUAGCUAUCAUAAUAAAUGUCCUGCUAAUCAUCGUUUGUGUCAGCAUGCAAGGAACGAUCACUAAUCCAGGUCCACGGAAGAGUAUCCCUUUAUUAAUUUAUAUUCGUACUGCCUUGUACCUGCCGGAAUUGGUCUGGGCCUGUCUUGGAGCUGUUUGGAUUUCGGACAACAGUAUGACUUGUCAUCGCUCUGUUGUUAUUGCUGUCCUUUGUGCAGUCAUUGCAAGCUGGAUCAUCUGUUUCUUCACUCUGGUUGUUGUGCUGAUCGCCUUUGAUCCCCUGGGCAAUAAGAAGCAAGCAAUUCUGAGGAAAACAAAUAUUCACGAUCAGCAGAGCAGUGAAGCAUCCCAGCUCUUUGACACUGCCAAGAGAGUGGCCACUCGAGUUUGGGAGAACCGCCUCAAGUUGAUGUGCUGCUGCAUUGUGUGGGACAAUGACAACCGCGCAGCUUUUGCAAACAUCGCUGAAAUUUUCACUUCCUUCUUUUCUGGCACAGACAUGGUCCCAAGUGACAUAGCGGCAGGAUUAUCUCUCAUUCAUCAGGAACAGGAUAAACUGGAAAAGUGCAGGGAACCUGAAGAAGUAGUGUGUCAGAGCUCACAACCAUCAGCUUCUAUGAAUCAAGAUUUGGAUAUGGAGCUUGAAAAUGCUACUCAUUAUAUGGUGUUUGCUGCUGCUGCUUAUGGAUGGCCACUGUAUAUUUUCAGCAAUCCAUUCACAGGAGCCUGCCAACUCUGCUGUGACAUUUAUGAAAUUCCAUUUUAUGUAGCUUUGGAUCACAAGAAAGAGGCUGUUGUGGUAGCAGUGAGAGGAACAUUAUCUCUUCGGGAUGCUCUGACUGAUCUCUCAGCAGAAUGUGAAGAACUUCCUGUAGAGGGUGUUCCUGGGAACUGCUGUGCACACAAGGGAAUGGUUCAGACCUCAGAGUAUAUUUACUCUAGGCUAAUAAAUGAUGGAAUUUUGAACCAAGCAUUCAGCGUUGUUCCAGAGUACAGGCUUGUUAUAACCGGCCAUAGUUUGGGAGCUGGUACUGCUGCCCUUUUGGCUAUACGUCUCAGAAGGUUGUUUCCAGGGUUAAAAUGUUAUGCUUUUUCUCCACCUGGAGGAUUACUGAGUAAACCACUUGCAGAUUACUCAAAAGAUUUCACUAUAUCCAUUAUUGUCGGGAAAGAUCUGGUCCCAAGGUUAAGCAUCCCUAAUAUGGAGGAGCUGAAAAGAAGGACUGUGCAAGUAGUAGCUAACUGCACUAAGCCAAAGUACAAGAUACUUCUAAGAGGAUGUUGGUAUGAGGUAUUUGGAGGAAACCCAGAUGACUUCCCAUCUGAACUAAGUGGCAUUUCAAAUGAAACUCUGUCCCAGCCACUACUUGCAGAGCAGAGUCUAUCUGGUCAGAACUCAAAUUCCUACAGCUCUUCACCUGAUGUAUCACCUUCAUCAAUGUCUAGUCAUCAUCAGCCUCUGUACCCCCCUGGAAGGAUCAUUCACAUCACUGAAGAAGGCAGUACAGGAAGGUUAUGCUACUCCCAAGUCCGUUACAAGGCAGCCUGGUCCAAAGAAAGUGCCUUUAGCAGCAUCUACAUCAGUCCAAAAAUGAUAACAGAUCAUAUGCCAGAUGUUGUUCUCAAAGCCUUAGAAAAUGUGACUCAGGAUCAACCAGUUAUUGUGUGUUCCCAGCCUCCUGAUGAUCCUGUAGCUCGAGAUAUAUAAAUAUUUAAAGCAGGAAGAACGGAGUCUAUGGUAUACGUUCAGAAAGUAUGCAUUUUUAUUUUGCAUUCCAUGUGAAUGUGCAAUAAGUAAUUGAGUCUGCAGUAGACCACCUUCUUUGGGGAAUGGGAUUACUCAUAAUACUGGAGUGUAAAGGGCUUUGGCGAAUUUGAAGGCUUUUUUCAUUGACAGUCUCAACCGUACAUAUUUUGAGACUGGAUAGUGUUCAGUAAAUUCACAUACUGCUGUAGCAGCUGUGAAUGCUUUUAAAUCACUGACAAGUUUAAUCAUCCAAAAGGCAUCCACAGCACAGAAUGUAAAGGAAGUCAAAAUUAAUCAUGAGGUACACAGUACAGUACAGGAAGAUUUUAGCCAGUGCUUUGUCAGUCAUCUUUUAAAAGUGAAGCCCAUGCAUUGUGACAAGGCACAGGCCCUGAGUGAAUGACUUUCAUAUGCUGUGUUCCAGAACAGGGAUUGUAUCUACAUUUGUGUUUGCUUCAUGGUAUCAUUGCCUGGAAAGGGCAUGUUUUAACAUGCUUGUGGUUAGCAAGUGCAACCAACUUUAACAAAUUUUAUGAGCUGACAUUUCAGGAGAAUCUUCAUAAAGAUCACACAGAAGCAUCUUUUUAUGCAGACCUGUAAUAAUGCAAGAAAGCAUAAAUGCAGCAGAACAUAAGGACUAGUGAAGGAUAACCUGUACCUGUAAAAAGCACACUAAAACUAAGACUCAUCCAUGAAUGGGUUGAAGUCAUUUUAACUGACUGGAUGUGUUCUUGUGUGUCAUUCAACCAUAUCUAGCUAUGGAAUUUCUGUCUCAGCAAUAAGAUAUUCCUGAAAUGAGGACAGUGUAUUCCAGGAACAUGACUUGUAAUUCAGUACUCAUAAACAGAAUGCCUUUUGGCCGGCAGACAGAAAAGAGUGGACAGUGACAACAGAUAGCUUGCUAAGCUCAAACUGUUUGCCAAUUUUGUAUGCGUGGUGCUGCCUACUCUGUAUGCUGCCAGUCCUACUUGACAUGUUCCUUUUGUCUAAAGGAUUUCCUUUGCUUCUUGCAUGAGUGUUAAAACAUCUUUAAUAGUUUACAAUGCAUAUAUUCAACCCUGCUAGUGAGGAAAAUGCAACUUCGUAUGAUCUUUUAUAUUUGUAAAGUAACUUUCUGCUUAAUUAGUCCGUGUUCCUUUUCCUGAGCUGGACUAUUUGAUGUGUAGAAUAAUAUGUUCACUGUGUCAUUUCUUUUUUAGGCUUUUGCAUACAGAUGUUACUUACAUCCUUCAAAAUCAUAGCCGGCCUUAGGCAUAGGCCAACUAGGCCGCCGCCUAGGGCGCCGCUCUAUCAGGGGCACUUUUCCAGUAAUCUGGGUGGUGGAGGUAGACCAGGAUGGGGCCACUGGGUGGUGUGAGGGAGCACUGUGGACCCCUUUUGCCUAGGGCAUCAGUUGACCAAAAUAUGUUUCAUCUUGUACCCCACUUCAUUUUAGUUUCCUUCAUUAAACUGCGUUCACCUUCAGUCCAUGCAUAUAUGUUGUUAAAAAACUGUACAUAUCCUCAGGAAACAUUAUCACUCAUGGUGCAGUGAUAUCAAAACAUUUCUGUAUCUCCAGGUAGCUCUUUUAUUUACUGACACCCUUUUAAGUAGGAUACUCUCUUGACCUUGAAUUCUACAAACAUUACAUUUUACCCUGAAUAAGCAGACUUAAUCAUCACUAAUUAUGGAAUGAAUGAAUGGAUGACGAUCCUGCCACAGCUAGAAUCUAAUCAGUUCUAACACUUGCCAGAUGCCUUAAGUGUAUGUUACUGUAGGUUGUCCUAUAGAAAAAAUUUUGAUGAUGAAACUUUAAUUUUGCAUUCAAUAGCAGAACACAGGUGAAACUGUUAUGUGCUGUGCUGCCUUUGAGUGGCAUUUGUAUAUUUUACAGCACAGCAAAGAAAAUUUCAAGGACAAAACUGUGAGAUAGUUUUCUACCUUGAACUCAAAGGGAAAAUUAUUGUCUGAUGCUGGAGUAGCAUGACUUACUUAAUGUAAAUGUCCCAGGAGAAAAGAGGUAUUCUGACCGUUUGUUACUUCUUUCAUGGUUACCGAACUUUAAUUCUGGCUUACAUUAUGCUGUCUUUCCUCCCUGGCAUUUUCUUUAAGGCUGUCUUAUAGGAAAUAAUUUGUACCAGGCUAUACUGUUUAACUCUUCAAACUUUAUUUGACAUUGUUUAAAUGCUUGUUGAACCUGUGGUAAUGUAUGCUUUGUUUAGACAAAGAAAUAACUUCUGUGUUAUAAACCGCCAUUAAGGCAUUUUUCCGAA